AUGGCAGCCCCGCCCCCAGCCUGGCGCCGUAACGCCUCCCAGGACACCAGUGCGGCCUUUGCCGGCUUUCGGACACCGGUAGAAGGCUUCGGCAGCGGCCCGGCCUGGCGCUGCCGCGGCCCGCAACCAGCAUCCAGGCCUUCCUGCCAGCGUGUCUUAUAUAAUCAGCUGCCUCAGGAAAUGGCCAAACUUGUGAAUAUCAAGGCUCAAAAGCCCAAGGAGGCCAACGUGUUUGUGAGAGCGUUUCUGAAGCGCAGCCUGCCCCAGAAGAGCGAGGAAGCCAUCGGAGGUCUCUUAACCCGGAAAGCUGUCGUUCUCGAGCACUUUCAUAAGAGAAGGAGACGAGAAAGAAAGACGAGAGGGAAAGGGCUGUCGGCCAAGCAGAGGAGGAAGAUGCGGCUCUUUGAAAUUCAACCAGAACACCAGAGGUACGAGACGUUUUUACCUUUGCACGAACUAUGGGAGCAAUACAUCCGGGACCUUUGCAACGGACUCAGGCCAGAAAUGCAGCCACAGAUUAUUCAAACCAAACUGCUAAAAGCUGAUCUGCACGGUGCCCUCGUUACAGUGACCAAGUCGAAAUGCCCUUCCUACGUCGGCAUUACGGGCAUUGUUGUUCAGGAAACGAAGCACGUUUUCAAAAUCAUCACAAAGGAAGACCGAUUGAAAGUCAUUCCCAAGUUUAACAAUGUCUUCAGCGUGGAGAUCGAUGGCUUCGUAUCCUAUAUCUUCGGCAGCAAGAUCCAGUUCAGAGCCAGUGAACGUUCUGCGAAGAAGUUUAAAGCGAGAGGAACUAUUGAUCUGUAACUAGUCUAGAAACAACAGAGACUUGGUUACCGUUGGUGGGGGAUGGGAAGCAUUGAUCA